GCCGACCGAAGAGCAAAAGAGGCUGCAUCCAAAACCCAACACCUCCUCGAGGGUUUUACGAACAAUCUAAAACAACUUCGCUGAUCAAAGAGAAUCAAGGGGGGAAGAAGGAGGGCGGUUUUAAAAUAAAAAUAAAAAAUCAUGCCUCUGUACGAUUGCAUGCUGCUGGUGAAGGCGCACGUGACGAAGGAGAUGAUAACCGAUCUUGUUGGCCGUGUGGGGAAGCGAGUGUAUCAGAGGAAAGGGGUGAUCACUGACAUCAAGUCCUUCGGUACCCUCGAGCUCGGAUACGGAAUCAAGAAGCGCGAUGGCAGGCAUUUCCAGGGUCGGCUGAUGCAGAUGACUAUGAUGGUUCCACCCACCUUCAACAAGGAACUCCAGUACUUGAACAAAGAGGACCGGCUGCUCCGCUGGCUUGUUAUAAAGCACAGGAGCGACAUAGUCUACGGGGUGGAGAAAAUGAACGAUGAUGACGGAUCAGAUGAUUUUAGAAUGUUCCGAGACUAUAAGAAGGUUGAGAGUGAUGAGGAUGAUGAUGAGGAAGAAGAGGACGAUGGUGAGGUGGUGGUUGAAUAGUUUCAAGAGAACGUACCCGCCUUUGUAGUUGAAUUCUCUCUUGAAGCUAAGAUCAUUAUAGCAUAGACUUCAUAGUUUUUGAUGCAGCAAGAACCUAUGUGGUCAAAUAAGUAGACUAUGAGCAUUGGGGUUUUGAGUGUCUCCGUAUUAGGUGUUCUUGUUUGCUGUGAACUGUUGUUCUACUUGUGUUGUAUGCUAUAGGUAGUCUUGUACCUAAAUAUCUUCUAAUUCGAAUCGAUGGCUUUUUACACAUGCUACAGGUUGCCUAA